UGGGGGGCGGUGGCCUCUCAUUGCGGGGCUGUGUGCGGCCCGGCAUGUCGGCGCUGGAGUGGUUCGCGCACAAGCCCCUGGGCGGCGGCAUCUACUGGAUCCAGGAGCGGUUCUACGAGUCCGGCAACCGAGCCAACAUCUGGCUGGUGCGGGGCUCGCAGCGCGACGUGGUGAUAGACACCGGCCUGGGGCUGCGCAGCCUGCCCGACUACCUCCACUCGGCCGGGCUGCUGGGGCCGGGCGCCGAGGCCGGGGAGGCGGCGGGCGGGGGCAGGAGGCCGCUGCUGGCCGUGGCCACCCAUGUACACUUCGAUCACGCGGGCGGGCUGCACCACUUCGACGAGGUGGCGGUGCACAGCGCCGAGGCGGGCGCGCUGCUCCGCGGGGACAACUACGAGACCGUCACCUGGCUGUCGGACAGCGAGGUAGUGCGGCCGCCUAGCCCCGGCUGGAGCGCCCGGCAGUUCCGAGUGCAGCCUGUGCAGCCCACUCACGUCCUGCAGGAGGGGGACGUGAUCAACCUUGGUGACCGACAACUGACUGUCAUGCAUAUGCCUGGUCAUUCAAGAGGAAGUAUUUGCUUACACGACAGAGAUCAGAAGAUAUUGUUCAGCGGAGAUGUUGUUUAUGAUGGAUCAAUGAUUGACUGGCUUCCCUACAGCAAGAUAAGUGAUUAUGUCACAAGUUGUGAGCGUCUUGUAGAAUUAGUGGACAAAGGUCUUGUGGAGAAGGUGCUUCCAGGGCAUUUUAACACCUUUGGAGCUGAAAGGCUGUAUCGUUUAGCUUCCAGCUACAUUUCAAAAGCUGGAGUUUGUCACAAAGUUUCUACCUGUGCCAUGAAGUCCAUUGCAAGUUUAGCUCUUCAUGUGACAAAUUCUAGAGUCACUUCUUAGUGUCGGUUCAUUUUGUUAAUAUCAGCUAUUGUAAAACCAAAUGGCUUGUGAGCUAGUGUUGAAAGAACGCAAACAAAAGCAGUACGUGUUAUUAAAGAAAAGGCAGACUGAUAAUGAAUGAGUCAUAAAGAUUCUUAUUUUUGCUUGCUUUAUUAUUUUAUAAAAUUAACUUCAGCUAUAGCUAUGCGAAAGCCACCAUCUAUCUUUUCUUUCUGUUUUUCAAGGCAUGUUUGCACUUGGAUUAUGAAUGCCAUUAAACUGCGGUUUGAAAUAUAUUGUUUUAUUUUUUAUAUUAUUCUGAUGGAUACGUAUGAUAUGCCAAAAUGAAAAGUUUGACAUUCAUGCCUGAAACUUAGCUUUUUUUAAUGUGGUGUUAGGUUAAAGGCUCAAUUUGUGUUUAAAGUGUAUUUUUAAAAUGGCUGAAAUGUAAUUUAGCUGUUAGUGCUAUAUUUGAAAAGAUAGCUGUAACAAUCCAUUGUCCUAUUAUAAGGACUGAAUUCAACGACCAGUACAUUUAGUUUUACUUUUAAGUGAAUGUAACUUGAACUGUUUACUAUUUGUUUAUAAAGUAUUUCAGUACAUAUUGUUGCUUUUUGAAGAAGUAAAGUGCAUUGCAUUUGAGUCUCUGUUGUUCCUAAAACAGAUUAAAUGCAUCCAUGAAAAUUGCUAAGAUAUAUAAUCAUUUCUUCAUUAAAAUUGAAGUGUUAUUUUAAAUGAUGUUAAACAAGUUAGUUUAUAGGUGCAUAAUUAUUUAACAAUUUAAACGGACACUGUCUGAUUAUUUUUAUAUAUAUAUUUUACCUUCCUAACUAGUUUGACAGUGUUUUGUUUUCAAAUUUUGUUUUUCCAGUUUAGCAAAUUUAUUUUAUCCACUAUGUUUAAGUGGAGUUUAAAAAUUAACCUACUACUUUGUUUGCAAUUGACUUUAUAUGAAGAGAUGGUUUUAUGUGAUCAUAUCAAAUUAUAUUUUGGGCUCUGUUCAGAAGAAAAUACCUAUGGCCUUUCUGACCUAACAUAAAUUUUGGGAGAAAGAAUGAUCUGCUGUGGAAACUAAUCACAAAUUAACAAGCACUCUUGCUCAGAAGUUAUGGAAGUGAAGAUCUUGUGUAAAUCAUCUCUCCUCUCGUGACUGUUUACUUCAUAUAUUCUUCACCAAAAGCAGCACUGCAAAUAGAGUUUAAUAAAGGCAUGACACAUUUAUUUAGAUUUUAACAGUGCCUAUUUAAUGUAAGCUGGAGCAAAAUUGUAAGUGGGCAGGACAGAUCCACCAGACUGUGGCUAGUCAGAGGACAGGUUAGCAAUUAUAUAUUCUGGUUUUUGAGGGUUUUUUGAGGAAGAAAUCUAAAUUCAUUUGUGAUUAUGUGAAGGAAUGUUUACUGUGGAUGAUAGUUCUUCCUGAACUAACCUCAGAAAUGAAGCUAUUUAACUCAGUUGCUACUUUUCUUUAAUACCAGAGAAGAGAGGCAAAAAAAGUGGGCCUGAAAAGAAAGUCACUCAGUGAAGGGCCACAAAAUGAACUUCAGAUCAUGGCCUCUCUUCUUUUCAGUUGACUGACAUUGUCUCUUACCCACAUAUGCUCAUUGCAGUUUAAAUAUUAUUCUGGAAAGCAGGCAGGUUGUCAGUUGGAGAACUGUUGUGUGAAGCAGAAAAUUCAGAGUGCCUGAAGAAGCAUAUUGUAGCUACCAAAGAAGGUUGGUUUUACAUUGAAUUGUCUGGGUGAUUUGCAGCAACUGUUGGAACAGGAGGCUUGUGGACUCCUUGAUUCAUUAACUACUAAGAAAGGAUGUUUUGUACUGUUUAAACACAGAAUUUGUGCUCCAGCAUCAACUAUUUCAUACUACAGAGUCCUUAAAUUCUGACUUCACUGGGUGUUUUGCCAGUGUCAAAGAGCAGUAAUUAUCAAUAAUAUCAGUAAUUGUCAGAUUUUUUCCUCCAUUAACUUUUGGCUAAAUCAGUAGUGGACCCAGUAUAAAUACAGUCCUUGGAAUGGUGUUUAGUAGUCACAGAAAAUCAUAGUUUUGUGGGUCUUAAAAUAGCAACUAUUUUUAUAUUAUAAUAAAUAACUUGUUAGGCAAGUAAUAUCCUCUCUAUAAAAUAUCUGGAGGCCUUCCCCUCUCAGACUAUAUAUAUUUUUUUUAAUUGUCAGAUUUUGAUCUUAAGAGUUUGACAGUGUCCCUUUCACAUUACUUAGAUUAAAUAUAUUUAAAAUCGGUUAAGUUUAAGUAUAGCAAAAUUUGGGGUGUUUAGAACUGUUGUUUGUAAAAAGUCUGAAGCACUGUCUGUGUUAAUUAAGUUGUUUUCAAUAUUGUGGAGGUUUUACAGAAAAUAUUAAACUUGGUCUGUUUAUCAAAACUUUACUGAUGUUGACUGUUUUAGGAAAAACUGUAUUGCAUCUUAUUUAGCCAUGGAUACUCAUAAUAAAAGUGUUCUAUCAUAGUGUCCAGUUAUAAUUUCCAUACAAUUAUAUUUAAGAAUUAUGCAAUAAAGUGGUGCAGCAAAAUAAAAGAUAGGUAUUUUAUGCAGUCUAU